UCAAGAUGGCGGCUGGCUAGCGACCGAGCUGCGCAUGCGCAGAAGGAGCGGGCCGGCUCCACAAGAUGGCGGCUGCCGUGGCCCGCUGUGAGGCGGCGGCAUUUCUCGGGCGGUGGCGGCUCUUGCUCGGCGGCGCCCGCGCUUACAACGCCCGGCCACUGCGGCGCCGGCUGGGCGGCGUGUAUAUCCCGGACCCGUCCAACCCCCGCACGCCGGAAUGGCAGCUGCAGCCCGCCUUCGAGGCCAAGCUCUACGGGCGCCACGGGGCCGCCUCCGGGGUCGACCCGGCCCGGCUCUGGCCCACGCCGCAGCAGCUGGCUGAGAUCGAGGCCGAGGAGAGAGAGCUGUGGCCGGCGCUGAGGGACAUGGAGGCGGCGCUGGACGUCAAGGAGCGGGAGGCCGAGACCAAGAGGCGGCAGAGAGAGGAGCUCAUUGCUGCCAGAAUGGCCAAGAUGCCCCAAAUGAUUGCAGACUGGCGCCGGGAGAAGGAGGAGCGCAAGGCCAAGGAGCAUGAAGAGAAAGAGCGGCGGCAGCGGCUACUGGCCGAGGCCCGUGAGCGCUUUGGUCAUAACCUGGAUCACCGCAGCCCCCAGUUCCAAGAGCUGAUGCAAGAGAUGGAGAAGGCUAGACGGAAAGAGUUGAAGCAGCAGAAGAAACAGCGGCGAGAAGAGGCCUUGGCCAAAAAGGCAGCGGAAGCAGCAGCUGCUGCUCAGCUGCCAGCCGUCGAGGAAGAGGCAGAAGUAGAAACAUCAUUGAGUCAGACCACGUAAAGUCUCUCCAAACUAAAAUGCACCCUGCAGUGGCGGAUCGUGACUGCAGCCUUGGUGGACUCCCAGAAACGCAGCAGGUUUACUUCAGCGUACUUGACAGUGCUUCGAGGCCCACACAAGUGUCGCUCUGAUGGGCAUAAGGAAGAACGCACUUCAAGUGUCCUGUUGCUCGUCUCCAUGCACACAGGACACCGACAUGGGCAUAGCUUGGGAAACUCCUGUAUGCCGCUACUUCUUGCCAGCGGGUCCUGGAAUUGAUGCUUCCCGUCCGGACGCUGCAGUUUCUUCCAUGGCAGCAAGCUUCCUCUGUCACUACAGACUAGCUUGCUGAACUGGUCUGUGAAGUUAGUCCAGUGAUCACCAUUGAGAUUUCCCUUGGCUUUCUGGACUUGUUAAAAAAUAACCACUGAGGGUUUAUGAAAUGCUAAAAAAACCUCUAGGGCUCAUACAAAAUACAUACAAAGAUAGAGCCUGUUGAAGGAACGAUCUAAAUAAAACUGCAGCAGCAACUCUGAACCUGCAA